CCGUGGGACUCCUCAGACUCAAAAUGAUUGAUCCUCACAUCUACCUGCACUAUAACUACACGGGCAAGCUGGACCACCGGCCCAGCGUGGAUGCCGGUGCCGGAACGGGCACCCCGGACACGAAGACCCUCGUGUUCCUGUUGGUGUGCAGCUUCAUCGUGCUGGAAAACCUGACGGUGCUGGUGGCCAUCUGGCGGAACCACCGCUUCCACAACCGCAUGUACUUCUUCAUCGGCAACCUGGCGGUCUGCGACAUGCUGGCCGGCGUGGCCUACCUGGUCAACCUGCUCCUAUCCGGCGACAGGACCCUGCACCUGUCGCCCGCUCUUUGGUUUAUACGUGAAGGCAGCAUGUUUGUGGCACUGGGCGCUUCCAUCUUCAGCCUCCUGGCCAUCGCCAUCGAGCGCCACCUUACCAUGAUCAAAAUGAGGCCCUAUGACGCCAACAAGAACUACAGGGUCUUCCUCCUCAUCGGCAUGUGCUGGUUAGUCGCCAUUUCCUUCGGGGCCCUUCCCAUCCUGGGAUGGAACUGCCUGGGCGACCUCUCCGACUGCUCCACCGUGCUGCCUUUGUACUCCAAGAAGUACGUGGCCUUCUGCAUCACAGUCUUCAUGGCGCUGCUCCUGGCCAUGUCGGUACUGUACGCCCGCAUCUAUGUCCUAGUCAAGUCCAGCAGCCGCAAGGUGAGCAAGAACAGCAACUCGGAGCACGCCAUGUCACUGCUGCGCACCGUCAUCAUCGUGGUGGGCAUCUUCAUCGCCUGCUGGACGCCCAUCUUCGUGCUGCUCCUGGUGGACGUGGCGUGCGAGCAGCGCCGCUGCUGCCCCGUCCUUUACCAGGCCGACUGGUUCAUCGGGUUGGCCGUGCUCAACUCGGCCAUGAACCCUGUCAUCUACACGCUGGCCAGCCGCGAGAUGAGGCGGGCCUUCGUGGGCUUGGCUUGCUGUCUUUGCUACCGGGGCAAAGCGUCGGCAGUGGGCAGUGGGAACAGGCAGUGUCUGGAGGCCAGUCGCAGCAGGAGCAAGUCUUGGAGCAGCCAGAACAACCACAACCAGGCAGCAGGCAGCAGGCAGGCCGGGCCCGACUUAGAGGCCGACUCCGGACUCGGGAAGGUGUCAGUGGUUGCGGGGCGGAGUGAUGCUGAUGCUGAGAAUUUUUUACAGAAUGACGGGACCGAGUGA